AGGCCCAUUUUUUCCGCCGCGUGGCAAGUCCCGCCUUCCCUUUUUCACCGCCCAAGUCCUCUCUCACCGAUCACCGACGCAAAGCACUCUCUCGCACUACCAGAGACCACGCCGCCGGAAUCCAUGGCGGAAGCUCCGACCGAUCUCGCUCCGAUCCUAGAAGCGGCGUCCGACUUCGCUUCCUACCCCGGGUUGCAAAACGAUGCUUCAGCUAAAGAGUUCCUUGAUCGCUUUCCUCUCCCACUUCUCUUCAGUAUAUUGCAAACCAAGGCUGAUGUAUCCAGAGUUGAAGGUACUAUAGUUGCUUGCUUGGAGAGACUAUUCAAGACAAAAUUUGGCGCCUCUCUGAUCCCUCAUUAUAUUGCAUUUGUUCAAGCUGGACUUCAGGCAAAAUCUCAGGCCAUUCAAUGCUUGGCUUGUAAAGCUGUGCAUUAUAUGCUAGUAAAUGCUGAAGGCGAAGGACAUGUCAAAAUAAUCUUGACAAGCAACACUUAUCCACUUCUUCUAAAUUGCUUUCUUGAAGGCGAUGAACUAACUUCAGCAGCAUCUUUGGAAGCUAUUAAUAGUAUUGCUCAGACUCCUGAAGGAAUUAAAAUCAUCUUUCCUCAUGGAAGUGAAGAGUCUGUCCAGCUUAAAGUUGUAGCUGCCCAUUGCUCUUCCCUGGCUAGGAUUCGGAUUUUGUCUCUUGCAUCCAAGUUGUUCUCUAUAUCUAGCCUAGCUGCAACGGCAGUUUAUGAUUCAAAUUUGCUUAGCCUGUUUGAGGACCAAAUCAAUCAGCAGGAUGAUAUGCUCAUGACGUUGAGUGCCCUGGAGCUCUUAUAUGAGUUGGUGGAAUCUCCUCACAGUGCUAGAUUCUUAUUAAAAACUACUUUGCUUCAACUCUUGACUGGUCUGAUAAGCAAUGCGUCUGUGGCUUCCAUUAUAAGAGCAAGAGCAUUUAUGAUAAGCGGAAGGCUUCUUUCUAGAGCUGAUGUAUAUACAACUAUUGAUGAAUCAAGAGUUGCUGCUCUUAUUUUGGGCAUUAAUGAAAGAUUGGAACUGGUAGAUGAUCUUGAUCUAAAUGAAUGUGAGAGUAUCCUUGAAGCUUUAGGUCUUAUUGGAACAUCACAACAAGGAGCUGCAUUGCUGCUGACAAGUCCAUCUAAUGUGGCUAGACAUGUCAUAGAAGCAGCCUUUGAUCAGCAUGGAAGAGGCAAACAAUUGGCUGGUUUACAUGCUCUUGGGAACAUUUGUGGUGUUGAACGAUCAGCAGAUAGUGUGCUACUGAAUGACAAUGCGGAGGAAUACCUUAAACGCAUGAUCUAUGCGACUGCGGCUGAGACCCCAAAACUGACACCAUCUGGAUUAUUUCUUUCUGUGUUGCAACAAGAACCUGAGACACGUUUAGCUGCUUAUAGAGCAAUGUCUGGACUGGUAGCCCGUCCAUGGUGUUUGAUGGAGAUAUGCUCAAAGCAGGAAAUUAUAACAAUAGUGACAGAUGCAAGCCUGGAGACCUCCAAGGAUGGCAUGGACGUGCGGUAUCAAUGUUGCGUGGCUAUCAACAAAGCUUUGUCGGCAUCGAAUAUGUCUCCGGCCACAGGAAUUAUUGAAAAGUUGCAGGAAGCUGUGAGAAGAGGCCCAUAUCUCACCAAAACACGCGUGGAACCUCAGCCAGUUGUCAUGACCGCCGAGAGAUUCUGAUUUUCGACUACAGACGAGGGUCACCAAAUAUCGUUUGGAAUAUGAUUAUGCUUGAGCUUGUAGAAUCAUGCAUGCUAUUGCAGUUUCUAUGUAGGUUGCAGCUAUUUCUUGUUUACUGCCUGCCAUCAAGCAGGGUGCUGACUAUGUCAUAACUUGUUGCAUAUGAAAAAAAGAAGAAAAUAUAAACAUUCUGUGAAUAUUGAACUUUAUCACAUGAUUUCUUGUUACUUUCACA